AUGGGCGUGUGGAUCACGAACGGCCGCGACGAGGCGAUCGAGGUCGCGACCGUUGAGCGAGCGACGAUGCGCCAGCUUCGGGACGCGGCGCAAGCCCACUUUGCACUCGCGACCGACGGAAGACCGCUGAUGCUCAUGGCGAGUGACGCGCACUGCAUGGCCGCACCGCGCGUGGCAAGUGAGCGAGCACUCAUCCUACCAACGCGGUCGAUUGAAAACUAUGGCUCCAACGACACCGACGCCGGAGGGUCAGUCCCUGCGACCCAACGAGAAGCAAGUCCGUCGUACUAG